UGUUUGUCGGUGUCCAUGAAUUCAGCUGCAGUUUUGGGAAGAGAUCUCAGCCUUUGGAGUCCUGCAGGAGAAGGACGCUCCUCAGGGUGCCCCUCCUCUGGGGAGCACAUCUGAGUGCCAAAGAUCCCACACCCCUGUGGAUCAGAUGUCGUGAACCGUUUCUGGGCUGAGCUGUUUUUUCAGUGCCUCAGGAAGCAUGGAGCACCAAGUGUCCAUCAUGUCCGACUGGGUGCUCCUCGGGCUGAUUGCGGCACUCGUCACACUGCUGCUGCUGACUGUCUUUGGUUUUGUUGUCUACUCGGGGCUCUUCACAGAGGUGGUUGUGAGUGCUGGCUCCCCACCCGUCAGCAACAUCACACUGGCCUACAAGUUCAGGGUUGGCCCGUAUGGCGAGUCCGGGCAGCUCUUCACAGAUGGCUGCAGCAUCUCUUCAAAGCUCUACUCCAUCGGCGUCUACUAUGAUAACCCUCACACGGUGUCUCCAGAGAAGUGCCGCUUCGCCAUCGGCCGAAUCCUGAGCGAGGGAGAUGCAAAGCCGUCAGAAGAUCAGAUCAAACAGUUCCAGAAGUAUGGCUUCAAGAUCUUUUCCUUCCCAGCUCCCAGCCAUGUGGUCAUGGCGACCUUCCCAUUCACUACACCGUUGUCCAUCCAUCUAGCAGUCAACCGUGUCCAUCCAGCCCUUGACACCUACAUCAAGGAGAGGAAGCUGUGUGCCCACCCGCGGAUCGAGAUCUACAAGGAGGACCGCAUCUACUUUGUGUGUCCCCUCGCUCGCCAAGGGGACUUCUACGUGCCUGAAAUGAAGGAGCUGGAGAGGAAGAGCAGGGCUGCUGCAGCUGAGACCGAGGAUGCCCAGACAGACAUCACAGGGGCUGACACCACGAGUGAAACAAGCUCCAUCAGCAUAGAGGCCACAACCGACAGCAGAGACACCUCUGUGGCCACCUCCAUCCUGCUGCCCUUCCCCGCCAGCCGGGGCCGGGAGGAGGCCGACAACCGCAGCGAGCACAGCUACAGCGAGUCCGGAGCCAGCGGCUCCUCCUUCGAGGAGCUGGACCUGGAGGUGGCUGGGGAUGGAGAGGGAGCCCAGGGCCUGCUGCCCGACACGGGCUACGGGGGCAACCAGCAGGUCACAGACAAGUGGACCAAGGAGCCCGUUGCUGCCGAGAGAGGAGAAGAGUGAGGGGAAGACCUGGCUGCCUUGCCUCCCACCGGCGUCUGACUUACUGGGAACCGGUUGCCUUUCCCACCUCCUUCCUCUCCAGAUGAGAUUUUGGUCGCUGAUUCCCCCGGGACCCUCUCUCCCUCUUUGCACAAAGGGUGUUUGACCAUUCCACAGGGAGGUGGGGGUCUCCUGCAGCGCUCAGUGCUGCGGGCUGGGGCAGGCUGGGGAGGGGCAGCCACAUGCAUUUGCCGUUUGUGUGUCUUGCAAAUUCCUCGCAGGUGUCUCGGGAGGUGGUGGUGGGUGGCAGAGGUGUCCCCACCUCGUUUCUGCCAGUGCCACCACUCUCACCCUCAGCUUCUCUCUGCCUCACCGCCGUGUGUUUUCUAGCACCAAAGAGCCGUGAGUAGGGUCAGUUGGGUUUGUUGCCCUGUUCUCUUCCCCUUGCUGAACAAUUGAAACAGCCUGUGUAAAACCUGGUCCUCCUGGCACUGCCACGGGCGCUUUUGGGGUCUGUAAUAAAGUGGAUGCUUUUCCUCA